AGACUAAUAAACGUAAAUAACUGAGUGUCGAGCCCGAGCUCCCAUCCCCCACACCGGUGUCGCGGGCCUGUGGCGGAGGGGGGCGCUGUAGAGGCGGCUCAUCACGGAGGUGGUUGAAGGAAAAAACCCGACAGCGUAGGUCGCUCUUUGUUUCUGACUGGAAACAAAACCAAGAGACACUGCGACCCGUCAGAGUCCAAAUAUCAACUUUCACCUCUUCUCAUACCUGCAGCUGCUGCUGCUACACUUUCCCAUUUCCUCCUGAGAGAUGUCCACCCCUGACCCCCCGAUGGGAGGGACGCCUCGGCCCGGUCCCUCCCCAGGCCCAGGGCCGUCUCCAGGAGGCAUGAUGGGCCCGAGCCCUGGCCCCUCGCCUGGCUCGGCCCACAGCAUGAUGGGGCCCAGUCCAGGACCUCCAGGAUCUGGACACCCCCAUCCUCCACAGGGACCCUCAGGAUAUCCUCAGGACAACAUGCAUCAGAUGCACAAGCCCAUGGACUCCAUGCAUGAUAAAGGUAUGCCAGACGACCCUCGCUAUGGUCAGAUGAAGGGUAUGGGCAUGAGACCAGGGGGGCACAGUGGGAUGGGACCCCCUCCAAGCCCGAUGGAUCAACAUUCCCAAGGUUACCCGUCUCCAUUGGGAGGAUCAGAGCAUGCGCCUAGUCCUGUCCCUGCUAACGGCCCUCCCUCUGGCCCCGGGUCAGGCCCUCUGGAGGGAAGUGGGGACCUCGGUCAGGGUAUGGGCCAACCUAACCGUGGCGGUCCUCAGGCUCCAGGUGGACCACCAGGUCCAGGGGCUGGACCGGGCGGAGCUGGUGGACCCACACCUUUCAACCAGAGCCAGCUGCACCAACUCCGGGCUCAGAUCAUGGCCUACAAGAUGCUGGCGCGCAGUCAGCCGCUUCCAGAGCACCUGCAGAUGGCCGUGCAGGGGAAGAGGCCCAUGCCCAAUAUGCCCCCCUCUACGGGGCCUGGAGGUGGCCCGGGAGCUGGACCCGGACCAGCUCAGACCAGUUACAACAGACCACACGGUAUGGUGGGUCCCAAUAUGGCCCCUCCUGUACCUGCAGGAGGUCCUCCUGCAAUGCAAGGACAGCAUGCUAACGGGCCUCCCAAGCCAUGGCCUGAAGGACCAGUUGUGAACGCUGCUGCCCCUUCCAACCCUCCUCAGAAGCUGAUUCCUCCCCAGCCUACUGGCAGGCCCUCUCCGGCUCCACCUUCGGUGCCUCCAGCGGCCUCCCCAGUAAUGCCUCCUCAGACUCAGUCUCCGGGGCAGCCUGCACAGCUCCCUCCCAUGAUGCUGCACCAGAAGCAGAACCGCAUCACACCUGUCCAAAAACCCCGCGGGCUGGACCCAGUGGAGAUCCUGCAGGAGCGGGAGUACAGGCUCCAGGCUCGUAUAGUGCACCGUAUCCAGGAGCUGGAACACCUGCCUGGCUCACUCGCAGGUGAUCUUCGCACCAAGGCCUCCAUCGAGCUUAAAGCCCUCCGACUGCUUAACUUUCAGAGACAGCUGCGUCAGGAGGUGGUGGCGUGCAUGCGUCGAGACACUGCACUGGAGACCGCCCUAAACGCUAAAGCCUACAAACGCAGCAAGCGUCAGUCUCUGCGGGAGGCCCGCAUCACCGAGAAGCUCGAGAAGCAGCAGAAGAUUGAACAAGAGCGUAAACGUAGACAGAAACACCAGGAAUACCUCAACAGCAUCCUGCAGCAUGCCAAGGACUUUAAGGAGUACCACCGCUCCAUCACGGCGAAGAUCCAAAAGGCCACCAAAGCCGUGGCGACCUACCACGCAAACACCGAGCGCGAGCAGAAGAAGGAGAACGAGCGUAUAGAAAAGGAGCGAAUGCGGAGGCUGAUGGCUGAAGACGAGGAAGGCUACCGUAAACUUAUCGACCAGAAGAAGGACAAGCGUCUGGCCUACCUGCUGCAGCAGACGGACGAAUACGUCGCCAACCUCACGGAGCUGGUGCGCGCCCACAAAGCUGCUCAAGCGCUCAAAGAGAAGAAGAAGAAGAAGAAGAAAAAGAAGAAGCCCGAAAUCGCAGAGGGAGCUGCUCCUGCUAUGGGACCAGAUGGGGAGCCUUUAGACGAAACCAGUCAAAUGAGUGACCUUCCAGUGAAAGUCAUCCAUGUGGACAGUGGGAAGAUCCUGACGGGUGGGGAUGCACCGAAGGCCGGUCAGCUGGAUGCCUGGCUUGAAAUGAACCCGGGGUACGAGGUGGCGCCGCGCUCAGACAGCGAGGACAGCGGUUCAGAUGACGAAGAGGAGGAGGAGGAUGAGGACGAGCAGCAUCAGCCCUCUUCAGCUUCAGCCGACGAGAAGAAGAAGAUUCCAGACCCGGACAGCGAGGACGUUUCAGAAGUGGAUGUCAGACACAUCAUAGAGCACGCCAAGCAGGAUGUGGACGACGAGUACGGCAGCGCAAGCUUCAACCGAGGCCUGCAGUCCUACUACGCCGUCGCUCACGCCGUCACUGAGAAGGUGGAUAAACAGUCCUCCCUGAUGGUCAACGGUCAGCUCAAGCAGUACCAGAUUAAAGGCCUGGAGUGGCUUGUGUCGCUCUACAACAACAACCUGAACGGCAUCCUCGCUGAUGAGAUGGGUUUGGGGAAAACCAUCCAGACCAUCGCCCUCAUCACUUACCUCAUGGAGUUCAAGCGCAUCAACGGGCCCUUCCUCAUCAUCGUGCCCCUCUCGACUUUAUCAAACUGGGUGUACGAGUUUGAUAAAUGGGCGCCGUCUGUUGUGAAGGUCUCCUAUAAGGGGUCCCCCAUUGCUCGUCGUUCCUUUCUGCCAAUCCUCCGAAGUGGUAAAUUCAACGUGCUGCUCACCACAUACGAGUACAUCAUUAAAGAUAAGCAAGUGUUGGCCAAGAUCCGUUGGAAGUAUAUGAUCGUGGACGAGGGUCACCGCAUGAAGAACCACCACUGUAAGCUGACGCAGGUGUUGAACACGCACUACCUGGCCCCGCGGCGUGUGCUGCUCACAGGAACGCCGCUGCAGAACAAGCUGCCGGAGCUCUGGGCGCUGCUCAACUUCCUGCUGCCCACCAUCUUCAAGAGCUGCAGCACCUUUGAGCAGUGGUUCAACGCCCCCUUCGCUAUGACCGGAGAAAAGGUUGACCUGAACGAAGAAGAGACCAUCCUGAUCAUCAGACGUUUACACAAAGUGCUUCGACCGUUCCUGCUGCGCCGACUCAAGAAGGAGGUGGAGGCUCAGCUGCCGGAGAAGGUGGAGUAUGUGAUCAAGUGCGACAUGUCGGCGCUGCAGAGGGUGCUGUACCGGCACAUGCAGGCUAAAGGAGUGCUGCUGACCGACGGGUCCGAGAAAGACAAGAAGGGUAAAGGAGGAACGAAGACCUUGAUGAACACGAUCAUGCAGCUGAGGAAGAUCUGCAACCACCCCUACAUGUUCCAGCACAUUGAAGAGUCCUUCUCCGAGCAUCUUGGUUAUUCUGGUGGAAUCGUGACGGGACAAGACUUGUAUCGUGCAUCUGGAAAGUUCGAGCUCCUGGAUCGUAUCCUGCCUAAGCUGAGAGCCACCAACCACAAAGUGCUGCUCUUCUGUCAGAUGACCUCGCUCAUGACCAUUAUGGAGGACUACUUCGCCUACCGCAACUUCAAGUACCUGCGUCUGGAUGGAACCACCAAAGCCGAGGACCGCGGGAUGUUGCUGAAGACGUUCAACGACCCGGCCUCUGAAUACUUUGUGUUCUUGCUCAGCACCAGAGCAGGAGGUCUGGGCCUGAACCUGCAGUCUGCAGACACCGUCAUCAUCUUCGACAGCGACUGGAACCCUCACCAGGACCUGCAGGCCCAAGACCGAGCCCACCGCAUCGGCCAGCAGAACGAGGUGCGCGUUCUCCGCCUCUGCACCGUCAACAGCGUGGAGGAGAAGAUCCUGGCGGCUGCUAAGUACAAGCUGAACGUGGACCAGAAGGUCAUCCAGGCCGGCAUGUUCGACCAGAAAUCUUCGGGCUGCGAGCGCCGGGCCUUCCUACAGGCCAUUCUGGAGCACGAGGAGCAGGAUGAGGAGGAGGACGAGGUGCCUGACGAUGAGACGGUCAAUCAGAUGAUCGCCCGAAGUGAAGAAGAGUUUGAGCUGUUCAUGCGCAUGGACCUGGACCGUCGCCGCGAGGAAGCCCGCAACCCGAAGAGGAAACCUCGUCUGAUGGAGGAGGACGACCUGCCGGGCUGGAUUUUGAAGGAUGACGCCGAGGUCGAGAGGCUCACCUGCGAGGAAGAGGAGGAGAAGAUGUUUGGCCGGGGAUCUCGUCAGAGGAAGGAGGUGGACUACAGCGACUCUCUGACUGAGAAGCAGUGGCUUAAGGCCAUAGAAGAAGGUAACCUGGAGGACAUAGAGGAGGAAGUGCGUCACAAAAAGACUACCAGAAAACGGAAGCGAGACCGCGAUCACGACGGCCCGGCCACGCCCAGCUCCAGCGGCGGCCGGGGGCGGGACAAGGACGACGACGGCAGGAAGGCGAAGAAACGCGGUCGCCCCCCGGCUGAGAAGCUCUCUCCUAACCCGCCGUCCCUCACCAAGAAGAUGAAGAAGAUCGUUGAUGCUGUCGUCAAAUAUAAGGACGGGAACGGCCGACAGCUGAGUGAGGUCUUCAUCCAGUUGCCUUCUCGCAAAGAGCUGCCAGAGUACUACGAGCUGAUCCGCAAGCCGGUGGACUUCAGGAAGAUCAAAGAGAGGAUCCGCAGCCACAAGUACCGCAACCUGAAUGACCUGGAGAAGGACGUGAUGCUGCUGUGUCAGAACGCCCAGACGUUUAAUCUGGAGGGAUCUCUGAUCUACGAGGAUUCCAUCGUGCUCCAGUCGGUUUUCACCAGCGUGAGACAGAAGAUCGAGAGGGAUGACGAGAGCGAGGGAGAGGAAAGCGAGGAGGAAGAGGAGGAGAUUGAUGAAGGCUCAGAGUUUGAAUCUCGCUCCGUGAAGGUGAAGAUCAAGCUGAGCCGGAAGGAGAAGGGGGAUCGAGGGAAUAAAGGUCAGCGGCGGAGGGGCCGCGGCUCCCGAGCCAAACCGGUGGUUAGCGACGACGACAGCGAGGACGAACAGGAAGAGGAGCGUUCAGCCAGUGGCAGUGAGGAGGACUGAAGACCGGACCAACGGAGCUUUUGACUUGAUUUUAUAUCGUUUUACGUAGAUUCAGCAGGGAGGCGGGCCUAGUUUGACCUAGAUGAGCUGGUUUUUAGCGGGAAAGUUGUCACUGAAACACCAUUAAUUAAAACUAUGGAAGCCUUCGUGUCGUUUUAACCACGUCCUGUUUGUGCAUCUUCCUCCUCCAAGUGGAAUAUUGACGGAGUCGGGUUUUUACGGACUGAUCGUGGACCAUCAAAACUUUUUUUUAACCAUAAUUCUGCCGUCUCAUAAAUUUGAGAAGUGUCCCUCUUGAAUGCAUGUCUGGAUGUGUCUUCACUAUUAUCUGUGUUUAAUUUAACGACUCACAAGUGGGAUCGCUGUACGUCCCACCCUGCAGCCCCUCCCUCUCAGGUCACUUAUGCAAAGGGGGGUGGGGGGGAUAGGACCUUUUCUCCUGUCGGUGUCACUGGAUUCCAUAACGUACAAUAAAGACAUCUCGUGAUUCA